AUUAGCUCCCAUAUGCAGUACGCGUUCCUAAAUAAUGACCUCGGCCCUCGACCAUGUGUACGAUACUAACAUGUAAACAAAUCAUUUAAACUGACAAGGUUCCGCAGUAGCAAGUCCGCUUUUCUCGCUUCCUGACCAUGGCUAAACAAGGAUUGGUGGAACGUUUAAAAAACGGUGAAGAUAUCCUCAUUGCGGAGGGAUACAUGUGGGAAUUCGAAAGAAGAGGUUACUUGACAGCUGGCGGAUUCAUUCCGGAAGUAGUUCUCGACAAUCCUGAGAUUGUUCGCGCCCUUCAUUUGGAAUUCAUCCAUGCUGGUACUGAUGUCAUAGAGGCCUUUACGUAUUAUGGACACCGUGAAAAACUUCGCCUGAUUGGACGAGAGGAUGAUUUGGAGAAGUUGAAUAAAGGAGCACUGCAGAUAGCGAAGGAAGUUGCCACUGAGAAUGGUAAACUGUUCGCCGGGGGUCUCUGUAACACCGGCGUGUACAACCCCGAGGAUGAGUCCACUUUCAACACUGUCAACUCCAUGUUCAAAGAACAGAUAGAGUGGGCAGUUGAGGCAGGAGUGGAUUACAUCAUAGGCGAGACCUUCAGCGACCUAGGAGAAGCCAUGCUUGCUUUACAAGCCAUUAAAAAAUUUGGAAAAGGAGUGCCUGCAGUUAUUACUCUGACGCCAUAUUGUCCGGAUAUGACGACAGAUGACGUCCCUAUUCCGGAGGCGUGUCGGCGAUUAGAGGAGGCGGGAGCAGCAGUUGUGGGGUUAAAUUGUGGAAGGGGCCCUCGGACGAUGAUAAAGCUCAUGAAGGAAGUCCGAAAAGUGUGCAAGGGUCCAGUGGCCAUGUUACCUGUAACUUUCCGCUGUCGAGACGACUCACGGACAUUUCAGUCCCUCAAAGACCCAGAGACUGGGAAACCACUGUAUCCAUUUGACCUGGAGGCUGUAAGAUGUAGUCGAUCAGACAUCAGAAUGUGGGCGGAGGAGGCGAAAGCAGCAGGGGUCAACUACAUUGGUCUGUGUUGUGGAAACGCGUCCUUCUACUUCCGGGAACUCGCGGAAGCUUACGGGAGAAAACCGCCUGCUUCCAAAUACAGCCCUGAUUUGUCUCUUAGCAUGUAUUUCGGAAAGGCUAGUGAGGAAGACAGAUUCAAGCGUACGGCGAAAGUAAGAGAAUAUAUGAUUGGGAAACAAAAUGCUUGAUUAAUUUCGCUAAGUUCUGUCUGGUGUACAACUGCGAAGGAGGUAUGCAUUGAGCGAGGACUGGUAUAUUGAAUUCUUGAAAAUUCUUUGUUGCUGAUGUCGACGAUAAUUGAUCUCAAUGAGCUCAUGUACAUAUUGACUCUGUGUGUUUAUGACGUAGUACGUUAAGUUUUGUGACGCAAUCAACAAUAUUAACAUGGCUGUCUGUCUUAUCAAAUAAAAAACAUGUUACCUC